AUGCGCUCGCUGGUGGCGUACGACGACUUGCCGCAUACGCCGCAGGGCCUGGCGCAGGCCUCGCACGCCAAGCGGCGGCGGUGUGAUGCGCCAUACGUCGGGCCGCACUGGGACGACACGGCGCCGGACUUGGAUGACGCCGUGAUUGCGUCGCCGCACCAUGAGCCGUCGUUCUUCACGAGCGAUGCGCAUGUCCCGAUGAGCUCGCACGCCUGGACGGCCGAGGACGUCUGGGACGAUACGUUCCUCGUCGACGUGUGGCAUGCGGCGGAGCAAGAGUACCGCGACUUUCACGCACGGCGGACCGACGCGCUCGAGCGCGACUCGCUGUGGCAUGCCCUGCCCCCCGUGGGAGCGUCGAUCGUGCCGCCACCGCCACCGCUGCCCGAGCAGCCCCAGCCCGCAGAGGCCGAGAGCGCCACGCCCGGCUGGCACGAAGCGCAGCGCAUCGUGCGCACGACUCCCAACGCUAUCGGUGGCGAAUCAUUCCAGAACGCCGCUAUGGCAUGGUACUAUGCGGGGUAUUACACAGCGCUGUACCAGGCACCGACCUAG